CACAACAUUGAACAACAUAACCCUCGAUUUCCACAGUCACGUCAAGUACAAACCUAAAAGGCGCAACCUUCUUCGGAUGCUGAACUGACCAACAAUUCUGCCUCUGGCAUCGGCUCCACCGAAUUGCUUUCCUGAUUUCCACGAUAUGUCAGCCGAGACGUCUCCACGCGCCGUCCGAUUCUCCCAAGGCGAAGUAGAUUUCACUCAGGAUAAGGUUAAAAACCCACGGGCUCUUGCCAUUUCCACCGAUUCUGAUGGCUCGGGCUCUUCUGAAGAUUAUCCGCCUGAUCCCCACGAGCUUGAGCGUCAGGAUGAACUUGGCUCUCUUCCCCCGUAUGGAGAUGUUGGCCUCGCAAACUCUAUGGCAUCGCUAGCCCCCAACUCUGUUGCCAACAAUGUUGGGAGGCCACGAGGUUCUAGCACCGAUCCGGGUGCCAAUCCUGUCGCGAAUGGUGUGGGCAGUCGGCAACAGCAACAACAACAGCAACAGCAGCAACAACAACAAAGACCGCAUGUCACGAGAACACCUUCCAGUACCUACGCCCCGCAAAGAGGGCCUCCUCCACAGCCGCCUUCCUUUAUAUCCACUUCGACCCGAUCCGGAUCUCGUCGACGAGAUCCUGCCGAUAAGUUCCGCGACCAAGAGCCUGCCUACCUGCGCAUGAUGCGCCAGGACCGACCCCCCAAUGGGUACUUCGAUCCCUACACACCCAGUAUAGACUAUUCCGACGAGGAGUCUGAAGGCGAGACUCCUUCUUCCGAAGGGGUCUUCGACGAUCGGUUCCCCAAUGAUGAGACCAUAAUGUUCCAAAACCUAAUCGAUGACACGCAGCCUACCGAGGAAGACAUUAAAGAUCCUGUUAAUCGUGAGCGACUAGAGUGGCAUGGUAUGCUAGCCGCAGUUCUGACCGGCGAUGUUGUGAAGCAGGAGAAAAAGAGACUUAUUGGUACAUCGGAAUUAUCAGGUGGGAAGACGACGUACAAGGCCGAAUUAUGGCUCGGCAUAAGGUCCAAAUUAACGGGCCGGUCUCUUGCUGUUCAGCGGAGAGUAGUCGAGGAGGCGCGGGGAAACCUUGACCGUACGAUUGAUGAAAUCACUAGGUUCGAGGUUCAAGGCGAGACAGCAGCCGGCAAGCCUGCCAUCGAGCAGGUUCGGGAUAUUGUAAAAAAGAUUGAGAAAUGCGAGAGCCUGUAUCCCUCGUGGCAAGCCCUAGGAACCGCACACUCGCAAGCCAUGGCACAACCAUUCCUAGAGGCUAAUGAUGCGGUUAUGUCAUGGUAUAACACCAACGAGAUGAUUAACACGGAAUUAUCCAUCCUCAAAAAAUGGGUUGGCAAUGACGAUUUGGAUUUUCAACGGACGAAGCAAAGGUCUCCAAGCACCCACGGUCUCAGCGACGAGACUUCGUUCUUGGAUCGUCUUUUAAAAGAGGAUGGCUUAAGGUCAUUACACGAAGACGAUGCAACAGCAACGCAUGAGCAUGCAUUGAAGACCAAGACCCUUAUUCGAAGAAGUAUGCUAACGCCCAUCUCGACUACGAUUGCCAAGGCUAAGGAGACCCUUAUUAUGAAUUCCGCCGCCUUUCAAAAGCGACAUCUCCCCCCAUACAUCGAGGAGAUUCUCACCCUUAUUAGCUUCCCCUCCCGGCUGAUCGAAGAAAUAAUCAAGGUCAGAGUAGCUUACGCUAGGAAGAUGAAGGAGACCACCCAGCAAACGCCUAUUCUCCAAGACCAGAUGAUCUCUCAGUUUGAGAUCCUGCUUAAACUUGCGAUCCGAAUUAAGCAAGAAAACCUCACGGUUUCCCAGUCUCAACCUGGAUGGAACUUACCACCAUGCAUCGAUGAUUCAUUUGACCAGGUUGUACUCGAUGCCCUUAAAUAUUACUUCAAGAUGUUGAAUUGGAAGCUUAGCAGAAACAAGAAUACUUUCAAAGAGGCCGAAGUUUUAUUUCAAGAAUGGGAUUUCGCCAACGAAAUCGGUCGACAUCUUGUUGGGGGUGACAUUGAAGUCGCAGAACAGUUCAGCAACCUCACAUAUAAAGCUCUAAAUCGUCUCAGCCAAACGUUUGAACGUGAGCUGCAGAGGAAACCAAAAGAAAGUGCAGACGACAUGAGUAAACGAUACAUGCAGAUGCUGGAUUCCGUACGAGUUCGGCAACGAAUGCUGCAGCGGUUCUCGAGGAUGUUGAGUGAACACUACGAGAAUGCAUCGGAUAUGAGUAUAUCUCUAGGUGCUGAGGGUCUCAGAACCCUAUAUGAACGGCUUUCGGUUACUGGACAUUUCCUAGUCGAUGAAUUCGAUGGAAUCCAAAUCAUAGCAUCACCGGCCUUAAGCGGCCGUGACGGGGAGGUUCAGACAGUACUUCGGACUUGUUUCCACGAACAGAUUUCUGAGGACCCAACAGAUCCAUACAUAUUGAUACUUCGCCCGGAGGCCCCGUUGCACUGGUUUGGCAACCGACGCACUCAAUGUCUAAACAUCGAGUCGACUGAUCUCAAGAUGGGUCAAAUGCGUCUAAUCGCGGACGGAUCCCAAGUCAGAUUAGCCAAUGCUCGGAAGCUCUUUCUAGAUACUAUCGAAAUGCAUCUCGACCUCAUUGUAGAGGCGCGCUCGAACCUACAUAAAGUGAACACGAGACUUUUUGAGAUCCGCAAGGUCGGCUUUAAACUGUCUAAUACAUUCAUGGACAGUGUUGAAAUCAUCCGAAAACAGACCAAGGGCUUAGAUUGCCAAGAUCUCAUCCAGACAUGCUUCGUUUUCGCUACAGAAUUUGGCCAGCGUUCGCUCCUUUAUAUGGACAGUAACCGGCGCCAGAUGAACAACAUGAAGCUCACUAAGCUAAGUCUGGACUGGGUCAGCUUUAUUUGCGACGAUUGUAAGGUAACCGAUCGCAAGUCUUUUCGUUGGGCGGUACCGGCACUAGAGUUUGCGAUGGGCAUGACAAGAGGUCGACAUAUCUUAGGGCUGGGAGAUGAUGAGUACGCAAAGUUACGGGCCAAAGUAUCCGGCUGUAUGUCGCUUCUCAUCUCGCAUUUCGAUAUUCUAGGUGCCAAAUCCAACCAAGCAGCGCAACUAGAACGGGAGCGGAUCGAGGCUCUGGUUAGCCAAUUCAAGAGAUUCGACAAGAACCGAAUACUUGACGACGAGGAAGCCAUCAAAUAUAUACAAGAGCAACGAUCGCUUCGACUUGCCGACAUUGACGAAAUACAGAGACGGAAUGUUGAAGAGAGGCAAGGUCUCGGACGAGUGUUGGAGGUUUCAAACGAAGUCGAUCGGUCGCUUGCAUACUUGUCAUCUUCUGCGACUAACGUAACGAUGAGAUGGCAGCAGGGGCAUUUUGUUGGCGGCGGCACAUUCGGCAAUGUCUACGCAGCAAUGAAUCUGGAUACCGGUCAUCUCAUGGCUGUCAAGGAGAUCCGACUACAAGACCCUAAGUUGAUUCCACAAAUCGCAACACAGAUCAAAGAUGAGAUGGGUGUUCUGGAGGUGCUUGAUCAUCCAAAUGUUGUGUCCUACUAUGGUAUUGAGGUUCACCGCGACAGGGUCUAUAUUUUUAUGGAAUUCUGCUCAGGGGGUUCUUUAGCCGCCUUAUUAGAACAUGGUCGGAUCGAGGAUGAACAAGUCGUUAUGGUUUAUGCACUUCAGCUGCUUGAGGGUUUAGCCUACCUGCACGAAAGCGGCAUUGCCCAUCGCGACAUUAAACCAGAGAAUAUCCUCCUUGACCACAAUGGCGUUAUCAAAUACGUCGAUUUUGGUGCUGCCAAAGUCCUUGCACGUCAGGGGCGCACUCUUGUCCAUGGCCUUGCCGCUACUAAACCUAAUAAGUCGAUGACCGGCACGCCCAUGUAUAUGUCCCCAGAGGUCAUCAAGGGUGAAAAUCCAGGACGCGCCGGGGCGGUAGACGUGUGGUCAUUAGGAUGCGUAAUCCUCGAGAUGGUAACUGGUCGUCGGCCAUGGUCCAAUCUGGACAAUGAAUGGGCAAUCAUGUAUAAUAUUGCUCAGGGCAAUCCUCCACAGCUUCCGAGCACCGAUCAGUUGAGUCCUUCCGGAAUUGAUUUCUUGAACAAGUGUUUCUACAGGGAUCCAAAGAGGAGGGCAAGCGCUGUCGAGUUGCUCCAGCAUGAGUGGAUCAUGUGCAUUCGCAACCAAGUCGUCGAGCCUCCGACACCGAGCGACACUAGCAGCAACUCGGCUCAGAGUACACCGCAUCCUUUGUCGGCGGGAAGCAGAGGAAGUGCGGGUGGGGACGGCUUUUAUUAGGAAUACUUGCCCCCUGAAGACUUACCUUCUGUCCUGGUUGCCGAGAUGAACGAAGAGGAUGUCUCGUCACCGGACGAACCCACGUCAUCGCCUUUAGCUGAACAUCAUACAAUCAUGUCUUCUCCAAGUAAUCGCCGAACUUCUGAUGCGAGUAUUCGAUCGUUUCCUCCAACCAGUAUACAAGCUGCGCAGGAAUCUGCGAGGAGAGCAAACAUCCGAGAG